AUGGGCCAUCUCAUCCGGAUCCUCUUAGAUCUGCUCGCUAACCGCUGCAGGUGUCAAUCUGUUGAUCCUCCGAGCACCGGGAACAUAACCGAAGGCAUGCCUCGGCACGUAACUCCGGGGCCUCACAGUCAAUUGAGAGACGGAUUGAAAUGUCAUAGUGAGGAACAACUAGUGAAAAAAUCGAAAUCUUCGCGACUGUCAAGCAUCGUUGGGUAA